GCUGAUGAGAAGUCCUUUGACUUCAAACCGGGCUUCAUGACCUCUUUUCUUGACUUCCUGAAGACAGGCAAAAAGCAGUCAGGCCUUGAACCCGGACAUGACGGACAUGAGCAGGAGUCCCUGGAUCUGUGUUCCUCUCUGAAGGGGGGGAUCAGACCCUUAUCCUCACUUCCUCCUGCUCUACUACCGACUCCUCCACAGAAGGCUGCAGGAACAUUUAGCGGGGGGGGGCAGUGUGACGGGGCAGACCUGGCUCUCAGCAGCUGCAAGCCACUGGACGAGGAUCUGAAGAGGAACCUGGAGACGCUGCCGUCCUUCUCCUCUGAUGAGGAGGACUCAGUCAGUAAGAACCAAGACCUGCAGAAGAGCAUCUCCUCGGCCAUCUCCGCCCUCUACGACACUCCGCACUCAUUGGCUGCUGCAAUGGCUUGUGCCAUGGCUAAGGCCCUGCCCACCCUGUCCCCGCCCACCCCACAGGAGUCCCCGCUCAGCCCCACCCUUCCCGCCAUGCCUCCACUCAUCCCCAGUAUGGAAAAUGGAAAAGAGGAGGUGCUAAUGUACACACAGGAUCACAUACAGGACAAAGAAGAGGAGAACUUGGUCUCCCCGCAGACCAAUACAGAGAGAGCAGAGGGGAGGGAGGAGAAGGAGGGACGAGAGAAGGAGCAGCAGGGAGGCAGUGAGGAAACAAGACGAGAUCCACAGGGUCUGCUGCAGGGAGCACUGGCAGAGCAGCAGGAGAAGGAAGAGGAGGAAAGGAGGUCUGAAGUGCAGACUCCCGAGGUCCUGGAGGUUGAAGGUCCUCCAUCAGACCUUUCCCCUGCUCCUCCCUCUCCAUCACCACCCCUCUCCGCCUCACCCCCAUCCAAUUGUUCCCCCCCGCCCCUCCCUCCCCUGAGUCUCUCCGUCCCCCCCCAGCUGCUGGUCCUGCAGGAGGAUCCUCUGUCUGAGCAGCUGGAGUUCUCCUUCCAACCGGCUCCCCCUGCAGGCUCCACCUCCCCUCCCACCAUCUUCUCCUCCCCCCUCUCCAACCUUCCCUUGAGCCAGUCCAUUCCCCCGCCCUCCACCACACCUCCCCCUUCAUCCUCUGAUCAGGACCAGGAGCCUGAAGCUGAGCAGCCUUCCCCCUUCUCACUCACCUCUUCCUCACCCUCUUCACCCUCCUCUUCAUCCUCCUCUCCGCCACCAUCCCCUCCAACCCCUGAGGAGCCCCCGGCGUCUCAGCGUCUGACUUCCCUCCACCUAGCCAAGAAGCAGGCAGAUGCCGCCAUAGCUGGGGAGAGUGAGGAGGAGGACAGCGAGAGCGGUGGGGAGGGAAUCUUCCGUGAGCGGGACGAAUUUGUGGUUCGCACUGAAGACAUUGGCACGCUGAAGGUAUUUACACUUUGUCUUUGUUGA